AUGACCCUGCCACAGCCUGGUUCAGCAGAGAAGACGAUUCGUAAGAUUGAUAUUGCCCAGGUUUCUCUUAGUCUGCAGGACCGCUUGGGCCUGGCCAAACUGAAGUACCAACAUGGCCGGCUUCAAGGGUUGACUUCAACCCUUCCAGACACCAAGGCUCGUCCUGACCUUGAAAAGCCCUCCGAUUCCUCUUCCGACUUCUCUCGCAGCCGUUGUGAGACUCCGUUUACGUCGCCGCCCUUGCGAGCAUCGACCUAUUCCAAGGAACUGCCUCGAUCCGCCCGAAACAAGCAUGCCGUUACCUUCGAUUCUCUCGCCAUGGCGCCAAUGUUGACGGCAGGCCGCAAGCGUGUUCGGUCAGACUCCAACUCAGAACGUCCAGCAAAGAUGCCUCGAGUGUCAUGGAAGAGCUCCCACCGACUGCCCGAGUCUUCUCCAGGCCUAGGUAUCCGCCACACCUCACGACGGAGCCGAGUCCCCUUUAUGUCCGAGGCACCAAUUCCAGAAAUGUCCUCGCCAGGAUAUCACGGUCACUCUGAAGAAGAAAACGAUCCCGAUCUGCCCUUGCAUAGUUUCCAACAUGUGAGCUCCAUGGUGGGCUCUUCGCCCCCUCGCACUCCGCCCCCAAAGCACGCACGACUAGCACGAACGGAUAGACCUGGUGAAUUUGAAGAUGAUGGGGCGGGCUUGUUGCUCUACCUUGCGAAUUCGCCAACUCCGGCUCGUGUGGCAGGUGGCUCGCAUGCUCAUAUCUUCCCCCCGUCAACUCCGCCGAGUCAGCAUGCUGUCCUUGGAACCCCGGGUCAGCAAUUCAACUUUGCGGACUUCGUGAACGUGACACCCAGUCCUGCACAGCCAGUAUGGGGUAGUCGAACUCCUGGCAACCUUUCUCGCACCCCUCUUGCCACCAAAGAUGCUCGAAAACGGUUGAAUUUUGACGCUCUCGUACCUCCAAGCGGCUCGCCUCGAAUGCCCACCAAAGAAGGUGCAGGUGGAUUAGCUCUCCAACUUGGAGGCGAGCUACGUCCCUAA